AGAAAAGAUCACACAUUUUGGGGCCGAACUAUCGGUUCUAGAAUUCCUUUUUAUUAUGCUUUUGAAAUCUGAUCUUGCAAGUGCACGGGAGAAUAUGAUUAAGCCCGCACGCACUCAUUAUUGCUAGUAUUGAUUGUGGUCUGUUGACGGUGAUAGCAGUCGAGGCAAGGACAUGCUGUGGCUGUUGUUGGCAAGAAUGCUUAUGUCUUUGGAGGUAGCAGUGGAAGUGGAUAUGGAGAAACUGAAAAUUCUGAUCCAGUUUACCUCAAUGAUUUAUUCCUGCUAAAAGUUGGACUUCAGGUGUCCUGGGAACGCAUGAGACAACUUGGUGAUGUUCCUUGUGGAAGAGAUGGUCACUCCUUAAAUGCUGUAGGAUCAGUGUUGUACUUAUUUGGAGGAUCUAAUUUCCCUGAAGCAGAAGACUGUCUUGAUGACCUGUAUGCUUAUGAUAUAGGUACUUUGUCAUGGGAACUGUGCCCCACCCAAGGGCGGCAGCCAAAAACGCUAGGACAGACGACUGUUGCUAUCAGAGAUACACUAUAUGUGUUUGGUGGUAUUUAUCGUGGAGAAGCCAACAAUAAACUAUACAUGCUCAAUACAGGUAACCUCACAUGGACACCUUUGGUAACUUCUGGACAAAUACCACCUCCAAGAUGUGACCAUGCAUGCACAGUGAUAGGAGAAAAGUUUUACAUAUCCGGAGGAAGUGGCGGAGAGAAGACCUGGUUUAAUGACCUGUACUGCUUUGAUACUGUAACUCUUAUCUGGCACUAUAUCAAUGCCCAAGGACAUCUGCCAUUUCCCCGAAGCCUUCACACCAUUUGUGCUUACCAUGACAAGGACAUUUAUUUGUUUGGAGGUACAAAUGAUAGUGCUAAGGGAAGAUCACCUUUUAAUGAUGUCUUCAAGUUCAACCUGUCCAAGUCAAAGUGGAAAAAGCUUCACUGUGAAGGCCCUACACCAGACAGUCGCCUUGGGCAUUGUGCCAUCAUCAUCUAUGGCCAGAUGAUUGUAUUUGGGGGUAUGAAUGACGAGAGGGAUUUUAGUGAUGUAGUUAUCCUACAAACCAGAGCUGCUGCUAAGCAGUUACCACCAGCCAUGACAGGCCUAAAUGAGUCGACCUCUUCUGAACAAAGCAUUGAUAGCAUUGAUGGGCCACUGUCAAAUAGCUACAACACAAAUAUUCCAAUUCCCUCACGAUACCAACUGAUAACACCAACUCUCAACAAGCCUAUACAGAUCCCUGAUUUAUCCGAUACCAAGGCAGAAUUCGUACAACGUAUCGAGGAUGUAUUCCGAGAUUUGACCGCCAAGUACACAGAGCUAGAAACACAACGAGAACUUUUGAAGAAAUCUGUAGAGGCGUUUGAAGAAGAGAAAAAUAUCAAUAUCCAGAAAUUUGAGCAACAACAAAAGGAAUUAAAAGAACUUUUAGAAAAACACAAAACGGAAAACGAGGAUUGGAUUCAAACCAAGAAAGAGGAGCUAGAAGAGGAAAGAGCUGCGCUUCAACGUGAUCGCAUGCAGCUACUGGAGGAACAGAAAAAACUGCGCAGAGAUUCGGGGGCUUUCGAGAAAACGUAAACAGUUAGAAGCGAUAGACAAAAUCGGGGAUAUUCUUUCCGAAGCUAAAAUGAACUAGCGUCAACUAGCUGUAACACUGCGAUGUGUAACACUGCGACGGAGCACCCCCUGACUCCCCUACAUUUCGGCUAUGCCAUGUAAACGUGAAAUUGUUGGGAGAGAGAGGGGCUGUGAUAAUUCGGGCCUCACGCAUAGGAUGGGCGCAUGUCUACAUCGUACCCUACAUAAUUUGACGAUGACCCAACAAAUGGUGUUCACAAGGUUAUUCUUAGUGUGUCUGUAGAUCUUUAUGAAGAAGAUACUGCAUACCGCGCUCGGGACGGGAGCGGGACGGGAGUCGGAUGCUCGAUGGGGCGCAUGUUUUGUAAUCCGCUCGCCCGCGGGACUACCCGUAGCCUCAAUUCAAAUCCAUUAGACCAUAUUAUUGCAUAUUGAAAUAAUACUAGAGUCACAACUCUUUACGUGUAAAAUUCUUUGCGCAAAUAAGGGUUACAGAUAGCAGGACCCCUUUAAAAUUACUUGAAUAUAGAGCUAAGUUAUUUAACGUUUAGUGCACUAGUGUUUUACAAAAGGGUCAUAGUGUUACUCCAAGUCUUGCAGCCUUACUGUAGAGGAGAAUCUCUUAUUUGUAAUAUACAGUGUGUGUUUCUUUGAGAGAGGGUGAAUACAAGGUUUUGAACUUUCA